AUUCUGUCUUCCUCGAUUGUUUCCACGCGGAAUUAUGGGAAAUGAGCUUUAAAAUUUGAAAUGAAAUAAAAACAGAAAAUGAGUGAAAUAAAUAGUGUUAGUGAUCACGCGAAUGAACCGCAGCCAGACCGUAAACGUGUUAGGAAGAGGGGGAAGCUCGGCGAAAAUGGCAUAUCGUUUAGAAGACGAGAUUGUCACACUUCCGACUAUAAUUCCAACCAAAAACGUUUGGAACAUAUAGAAUUUCUGGCAACACAAAUUUCUAGGGAUGUUGAUGCAGAAAUUCUACUGUUCACUUACUUCCCGAACAAGAAAGUUGGAACAUGUGGAUUCAAGCAAUUUGGCAAGAAAACUCAGCAAAUGUGCAAUACUUCUAAACCACUGAAGGAUUUCAACCAAUAUUGGAUGAUGGUGACUUCAAGACUUGAGUGCCUACGCAAUGCUAAAACUGUUCCACCAAAUUUGUUUGAUAUUCAGUAUCGAGGCACAGGCGGUGUUAUCGAUUCUGUUUUUAAUGAACAAGCUGUUGGUGUCAAUAGCAUUGAUAAGGAAUCUGCCACUGAGAUGUUAGAGAAAUAUUCAAAAGGAAAUCAGUCAUUAUUAAAUGCAACGUCAGCAAAACAAACACCAACAAACGAAUCAACAAACUUUGUUGUUUGCCAGACAAGCACCGACUGCCUCCACAGUUGUCGAAGAUGAAACUGCAAUACGUCGAACUACAAAAGCGAAACGUCUCCGUCAGUCCAAAACUUGGAUGACGAAUGAAUCCUCAAGUCUUUCAUCGAAUACCACUGUACUCACAAGCUAUAGAGAACCGCCAGGAGCAUAUGGCUUUGCCACUGAAACCCAAGAAAUUGAAAGUUUGCAUUCCGCUACCACUGACAAAGCAAACAUUUCUGCAAUUUUGGCCGAAUUUGAUGCGUGGUGCGAAACAACCAGCGAAUCUAUUGUUGGAUCUGUUGCUGAAACUAGUUCGACAACUUCUAGGGCAGGUAUCAGUAGGCAACUUAUCACUGCUACUGCUGCACUGCCACCAACACCGCCCACAUCAUUCACUGCCAAAACGUCUGAGCAAAAUACCACAGUGUUCCGCCCUGCUCUACCGAACACGUUUUCUAAAAACAGAAAACUGCCAGAAAUAAAGAAUAAUCUUCUUCAGCCAGAUCAACUUAUCACUGCUACUGCUGCUGCCGGCAUAAUUAAUCUUCAUGAAAAUGUUUUGAAACUAAAAAAAGUAAAUACCAUCCCCGCUGGUGCUGUGCCAAUCCGGUUAGUCAGCCGUAAACAACUGUAACAACCAAAAGACUCUGCUUCAACAUCAUUUUUUACUCGGGAAACUAGUCUAACGUGAUAACCAAGAAAAGUUUGAUAAUAACCAUGUCGGACAGGUUUUUUUUUCAAUUCUGGUCAAUUGAUCUUUAUCUUGUACGUCAUUCUGUUUUUCAUUUUUUUUUUAUGACAUUGUUGUUCUCUUGUUAUGGAGGAAAUGUUAAUGGUGAUUUGUUUUUCUUAAGAUCAGCAGAAAUAAACAGGAUUUUCAAAAAUGUA